UUUAUCUGAUGAAUUUGAUCAAUAUCAAACAUACCUAUUACCGAUGAUAAACUGUUAAUAAAUAGGUCUGUUGCGCGAAUAAGCUUCAGACAACAUCGGAGCCAUAAUGAAGACAGCCAUUUUGAUUUUGGCUACGGCAAUAACUGCUUAUGCAGUGCCAUUGGUUCCGGAGUUCUCAGAAGACCGCGUGUAUCCUCGUUUCAUCCAAUUUCCCGAUGGCGAAGGUGUCUUGCACACCGUUGAUCUUGAAGCUGAGCCUCAACUAGAAGCAGAUGAAGAUAUCAGUAGAAGUGGAUCCAGGAACCGAUACUUGCUGUUUACCAGGAAUAAUCCAGAUUCAGCACAGUCAUUGUUGAUUGAUGAUGAGGAUUCCAUCAAGGCAUCCAAUUUCAAUCCUGAGGUUCCUACCGUCGUUGUUGUGCACGGAUGGCUUAGCAACCAAAACAUUGAACCAAAUCCCACUCUCAGAGACACCUUCCUUGCAAAGAGUGAUGUGAACAUCAUCAUCGUUGACUGGAGUCGUGUAGCUAUAUCUGAAUACGCGACUGCUGUGAUUAGAGUACCAGGCGUCGGCAGAGCGGUUGGCCAGUUCUUGGCUUUCUUGAACUCCGUAACCGGUGCACCUUUCGACCAAAUGCAUCUCAUCGGUUUGAGUUUGGGUGCUCACGUUGUUGGGAACGCAGGCAGAGAGCUCGGUGGAAAAGUUGCUCGCGUCACAGGUCUAGACCCCGCUGGUCCUCUGUGGAACCUUAACUCAAACCGCAUCAACCGCGAUGAUGCUAUCUACGUAGAAGCUCUCCAUACUGAUGGUGGUUACCUAGUCGGAGGUCUUGGUAUUGGAACUGACGUGGCUGACGCUGACUUCUACGUCAAUGGUGGUGUCUCUCAGCCCGGCUGUUUAACUAACGUCUGCAAUCACAUGAACUCCUUCAGAUACUUCGCUGCUACUGUCACCUACAACCAUAUUGUUGGAAGGGAAUGCUCGAGCUCAAUGCAAAUUACUUUGGACAGAUGCCGUGGUCAGGAGCUGCACAUGGGCAAUGAUGAUUUAAAUAAAUCCGGGUCUGGAAGGUACCGCGCCAACACUCGCAGAAGAUAUCCGUAUUAGUUCUGGAUAAAGUUGAAGCAAUUUCCCAACAAAUCUGACUAAUUGAGCAACAAAUGUACUAUUUACUCCUUUAUUCUCACAAAUAAAUAACUUAUUUCCCCACCUUUGCACAUUUAA